AUGAGUGAUUCGAACAAAUUUCGUAUCCUUAAGUCUACUUAACCAAUCCAAUAAAACUAACCAGUUUGGCCAACUUAAAGAUCAGAUUCUUCAAAUGAAAGAAUGGCCAGAAUUCAAAGAGAUUCACUUCCUAAUUUAAAAAGUUCGUAGCUGUAUUCAAGCAUCUCUUACAGAUAAUCCUAAAAGCAUAAGCCUCUAUCUGAAGGAGUAUUGAACUCAUAAAUUUAUAGACAUUUUAUGGAUCUCCACUUUUAGCAUAAAAUCAAUUAGACAUCAUAGAUAAAAUGAAAUCUUAACCACGUAAUGAUUUCUAUGGACAAUUGAAAAGUUAUGAUCCCUAUUAAUAUCCAACUCGUCUAUCUGAUCUCUAUCUUUCACCUUAAACAUUAAGAGAACGUAAUCUUUAUCAUUCAUAUUUAAGCUACUGUUCAAGUACACAUUCCUAACCAAUUAAAAGAACCUCCAUUAUAAUUAGGUAAUUUCUGCUCUAAUCUCUCUAAACAUAAUCCUAGAGAUAAACUUCAUAGAGGUAUUCCAUUAAAGUAAUCUAUUUUUAUUAUUAUAAGACAUGAUAUUAAAUCACUUGCCAUUUGGGUUGAUCUCAUGGUUUAAUAAAUUUUUGAUAAAUAUUCUGAUACUAAAUAAAUUGACUUUUAUGAAGAAGUUCAAAAUGUACUAACUUUAUGUUUAAAAGAAUUAAUUAGACAAAUCAGUAUUGAUUGUAUUGAAAGGAGGUGAUGUAAAUUUACAAUUAUAUUUAGUGUCUUAUUAGAAAAAAUAUGGAAUCAAUAUGUGGAAAUCAAUUCCACUCUCAUCUAUUAAGUUAUUAAUGAAAAGAAAGAAAUUGAAAAAUCUAAUCUCAAAUAAAUCAUGAAAACACAUUAAUUAUAUCAAUAAGAAAUCGAUAAUUUUUAAUUAAUUAUUUCCAAUCAUAAAGAAGAGUAAUCCAAGCUUACAUAAAAAUUAAUCAAGUUAAAAGAUAAUGCCAAAUAUCUAAAAAAAACUAAUAGAAAUUUACAAAACAAUUUAAGAGAACUCAAAUUCUAACUUAAUGAUAACACUAUUUAAACUAAAUAUUUAUUGAGUGAAAUAGAAAAUCUAAAAUAAUAGAUAUAAGAAAAUGAAAUUGAUAUCUUAAAGUUUCAAUAGAAAUCCUAAACUAAUUAUAGAAUUGAAUCUCCUUUAGCUAGUGAUCACUCUCCACUACAAUUUCCAUAACCGUUAAAACUUAUUCAAGCUGGUGUGCAUUAAUCUAUUAAUAAUGAAACUCAAGAAUUAAUAUAAGAUGCCUUAAAAAGUGAUCCUGAUACUACUCUAUCAAAUUUGGAAGAUAUUCUAAUGAACUAAGCGACUGAUACAAAUGAUUUAAUUACAUUAAUGAAUUUAUAAAAAGAGCAAACUACCUAAGCUUUUGGAUUUAAUACUUAACCAGAAUAUAAGUAAAUAUCCUAUUAAUUUUAGAUCAAUCCUCUUACCUGAUGUUAGACACAAUGUUGUUUAAACUGAUUUGACUAUGAAUAAUGGUAUUUAAAAGGAAACAUAAACAGAAUUACCAACUGAUAUUUUAGAGGAUAUCAAAAAUGAAGAAGAUUAAUUAAUUUAAUUUUAAGAAUAAUUCCUAUUAGCAUCUGACAAUUGUAAAUAAAAUAUUGAUGGAGAUCAAUUAGAUAGUCUUGAUUUAAAAUAAAUUUCAUCUUUUAUUCUAAGUCUUGGAGAUAUCUUAUCAAAAAUGAAAUAAGCAGUCUAACAUUAAAGAGAAUAUAGAACUAGUUUAUUACUUAUUAAUAGUGCUUAAAAAGAUGAAAAUGCUAGGAAUACCAACGAAUUAUAAUUAUUAGUAUAAUCAAUUAUUAAAUUAGAAAAUCAAUAAUGAUAAUCUUUAGUAGAAUUUGGAAUCAGCAAAAAAUGAAAUUGUAGAAUUGGAAAGUCAUUUAGAAUUAUAAGAAUAAGUAAAAUAUUAUAAUUUAUUAAAGAUCAAUUCUAAAUUAGAGAGAAAGUAUAAUAAAAUAAAGGACAAAAAAUAACAACUUAUUGAAAAAACUACAAAUUUAAUCAAUCAAUUAACUAAGACAUAAAAAUUUACAAAUAUAAUGAAAAAGAAGAUAUAAGAAAAGAGAUCAAGUGUUUUUACUUCAAAAAAAUAACCUGCUACUUAAUCUUAAAGUCAAUUACCAUCAUCUUUAGAAAUAUCAUCAAAUUUUUAAUAAUAAUUUUAAUUAUAAAAUAUUCCCUAGAAUUAGAUGGCUUUAUCACCUGGAAGGUAAUAAUUAGAUAGUUAAUCUAAUAAAAAGUAAUAAAGUAUUGAAGGUUCAAAUAAUAGAAGUAUAGAAUAAGAGCAUUAAGGAUAAUAAAUAAGUAUUCCAAAAAAGAAAUGGAACAUCUAAAUUACAAAUACAGAUGAAUAAUAAAAGGAAUCUGAUAAUGAAAGUGAUUUAUCAUAGUCUCAGAUCUCCUUUUAAUAAAGUAUUUCUAUUCCUUAAGAUGUAUUGAAUAUUAUUAAAAAUAGGAUGUUGUUUCGUAACGUAGUUUUACAUCUAAUAGAAGAUCCUAAUAAUUUUAAAAUCUUGCUAAGUCUCCUGGAAAUCAUGUAAUAUAAAUAUAGAUGUUAUAUUAGUAGUAAUUAAAUCCAAACAAUGGAAAUAAUAGAUCCAGUCUAAAAUCUGCUAAAAAAAGCACUCCUAUUAGUACUUCGAAUACAUUGAAUAAUGAGAAUGUAAAAUUGAUUUCAGAUACACUUAAAAAAUUUUUGAAUGAUGAAUUAGAUAAUAGUGAUGCUUCAAGUAUUGAUUCAUCAUUUUCAUCUAAGUUGGAAGCUUGUUCUAAGAAAAGAUCUGAUAGAUAAUAAAAAAAAAGGAAUAUUACUCAAACAUAAGCUCCAAGUAUUUAAUUAAUUAAAUUUAUAAGAGUUUUAAAAUAGACAUAUUUCUGAAUCCACAACUUAAAUUAAUUUUUAAAGAUCUAAAUAUUUAGUUACUUUUUUGGCUGAACGUUUUGCUAAAAAUCCAAAAUUGGCAACACCAAAAAUGUAAAAAAUAAAUGUACUGAAAUUCAUUUCUUAAUUUUAUUGUGAUAAGAUAAGGUAAUAUCAAAAUAAAAAUAUAUCUUUACAUUAAAUAUGUUAUGAGCAUUUUGUUAAUACCUAUGGAUUCAAAAGCAUGGCAGAGUAAAAAUUAACUAAUUUUUAUUAAUCUGUAUAUUCUUAUAGAGAGAAUUUUAGAAUUAAUCUUUUUGGAAGGUAUAAAUAGAUAGAUAAAUAGAUUUUUGGAAUUGUUAAGUCCUCUUACUUUAGAUGAUUUAGAUAUUUAUAUUUAAUCAUUAAAAAUUCUUGAUGAAAAUGAAAUAGCUAUUCAUAUGGCAUCAAUUGUUAAUGAGAAGGGUGUGUUAGUUUCAUUAGAAAAAGCUAUAGCAUCAUUAGAUAUUUAACAUUAAUGUUUAGGAUUAGAAAUUAAAGAUAGAAUUAUUAAGGAAAUCCGUUCAAAUACAUAUGAAAGAAAGAAUAAAAUGUGUGUUGAUGUAGACUUUUUUAUAAGUAAAGUUUUAAAUGGUUAUCAUUAAUUUAAAUUAACACAUUAAGCUCAUUUCGAAGAAGUAUUUUAUUCUGCUGAUAUGGAUAUGGAUGGAAUGAUUGAAUUUCAAGAAUUCUAAAAAUUAUAUUUGCAUUUUGAAAUUAAUUAAGGAACAACAUGUAAUAAUAAAUAAAUAAGAACUCAAUUUAUGGAAAGAUGUGAUACAAUAUCAAAUGAAAGUGGUGAAAAAGCUAUGUCUUUUGAUCGUUUUGUUACUUUCUCUUUAGAAAAUAAUAUAUUUUCAGAAGAGAAGUUUUCAGUAAAAAAUUGAAUUUUAACCAUUUUAGAAAUUUUCAAAAAAUGUUGAUCCGAAUGAUCCAAUUAAGAAUUUAAAUGAUCUAAAAGAGAAUUGGAUAAACAUCUAAUUAUUAUUAAUGAGUAGAAUCAACUUAAGUGAACCCAAUGAAAGUGACUAUUAUAAAAGUAUAAUUUAAAAGCUUGAUUAAGUAAAUUUGAGAGCUUACUCAUUUAGGCUUUGAAUAGUAAGGAAAUGAAAGAAAGCUAUUGGAUUUCAUAUAGGAUCUUAGAUGUUGAUACAAAAGCAUUGUAUUUAAAUAAAAUUGCAGCCGAUCUUAUACCAGAAGAUCUACUUUAUAUUUAAGAAUUAAUGAAUGAAAUUUUUGAUGAUAAUAUUGAUAUUGAUUGA